GAGGCGGGCCCGGCGCUCGGCCAGGCCAGGAGCUGGGCUGUGCGGCCGAACAGCCUGCGCCUCCGCCGCCACCCGGCCCUUCCAGCCUCCCUCCUCCUCCAGCCUGGCGGGCCGGCCCAGCUGUGUUCCAUUAGCCUCCUGGCAGCCCCCCAGCCCCCUGGAACCGCCCCUCUUCCCCCUCCCGCGGUGACCGGUCCCGGCAGGCGUGCGCCGCGCUGCACUCAUCCGACAGAGCUCCAGGCGCCGGAAAGCUGGGGGCGCACGGCCCUGCAGGGAGAGAUCGAGAACCCCCCACGGGGCUCCCGGACCCCAGGUCCUGCUUCCCCUGGCUGGCCGUCCCAGGGCUGCCAGGAUUGCUCAGUGAGGGCCUCCCCAGCCAUUGGCACUGUGGCUGCAACUGAUCCCUUGGGGUCAGUAUGUGGGCAUCCUGGGCUCCUGGCCUGUGCCUGCUCGGACUCUGGACUACUUUCAGCCAUGGGGCAAAUCCAGGUGAGCAGUGCCCGUCUUCACAGCAAGAAGGACUCAAGCUGGAACACAGCAGUGACCUAUCGGCCAAUGUCACUGGCUUCAACCUCAUCCGCCGACUGAACCUCAUGAAGACAUCUGCCAUCAAGAAGAUCCGUAACCCCAAGGGGCCACUCAUCCUGAGGCUGGGGGCUGCCUCGCUCACCCAGCCCACACGACGGGUGUUUCCUCGGGGCCUCCCAGAGGAGUUUGCCCUGGUCCUGACAGUCCUACUGAAGAAACACACCUUCCAGAAUACAUGGUACUUGUUUCAAGUGACCGAUGCAGAUGGGUACCCACAGAUUUCCUUGGAAGUCAAUAGCCAGGAGCGGAGUCUGGAGCUCCGUGCACGGGGACAGGAUGGAGACUUUGUGUCCUGCAUCUUCCCAGUGCCCCAGCUCUUUGAUUUGCGUUGGCACAAGUUGAUGCUGAGUGUGGCAGGACGUGUGGCUUCCAUGCAUGUGGACUGCAUCUCAGCCUCCUCUCAGCCUCUGGGGCCCCGGCGACCCAUGGGGCCUGGAGGCCACGUGUUUCUGGGCUUAGAUGCUGAGCAGGGCAAGCCUGUCUCGUUUGACCUUCAGCAGGCACAUAUCUACUGUGACCCAGAGCUGGUGCUGGAGGAGGGCUGCUGUGAGAUCUUACCAGGAGGGUGUCCCCCAGAGACCUCCAAGGCUCGCCGGGACACCCAGAGCAAUGAGCUUAUCGAGAUCAAUCCUCAGAUGGAGGGCAAGGUCUACACUCGCUGCUUCUGUCUGGAGGAACCUCAGAACAGCAAGGUGGAUGCACAGCUGAUGGGAAGAAGCAGCCAGAACACAGAAAGACAGACAAAGGUAGAGAUGGCCCACCGGGAGACAGCAGCUGAUGAGUGCCCACCCUGUGUCCAUGGUGCCCCAGUGAGCAAUGUGACCCUUGGUCCCUCUGGCCCCAAGGGAGGGAAAGGUGAGCAAGGCCUGCCUGGUCCAUCAGGCCCAAAGGGAGAGAAGGGAGCACGGGGUAAUGACUGUGUUCGAGUCUCCCCAGAUGCCCCGCUUCAGUGUACAGAAGGCCCAAAAGGAGAGAAAGGGGAGUCAGGAACUUUGGGACCCUCGGGACCACCAGGCUCAACAGGCCAGAAGGGCCAGAAAGGCGAGAAAGGAGAUGGAGGCCUCAAAGGAUUGCCUGGAAAGCCAGGCCGAGAUGGCCGGCCAGGGGAGAUCUGUGUCAUUGGGCCCAAAGGACAGAAAGGAGACCCUGGCUUUGUUGGGCCUGAGGGGCUGGCAGGAGAGCCUGGGCCCCCCGGACCCCCUGGGCUCCCUGGGAUAGGAAUGCCUGGGACUCCGGGGGAUCCAGGUGGCUCACCAGGCCCUAAGGGAGACAAGGGCAGUUCCGGGAUACCAGGAAAAGAAGGAAAGCCUGGGAAGCCAGGGGUGCCAGGGACAAAGGGAGAGAAGGGAGACCCCUGUGAAGUGUGUCCAACACUUCCUGAAGGGUUCCAGAACUUCCUAGGGCUCCCUGGAAAGCCAGGGCCUAAAGGAGAACCAGGGAAUCCUGCUCCAGCCACGGAGAGCCUAGGAACUGUUGGGUUGAAAGGUGACCGGGGAGACCCUGGCAUCCAAGGCAUGAAAGGAGAGAAGGGGGAACCCUGCUCAUCCUGCAGUUCAGGUGUAGGGGCCCAGCAACUUGGGCCUGCUACAGGGCUUGAUGGAGAUUUGGGCUCCCCUGGCUAUUCGGGUAAUUUCGGUGAGGCAGGACAAGCUGGAAUUCCGGGGCCACCGGGACCAGUGGGACCAGCAGGCAGCAAAGGGGCAAAGGGGGAGCCUUGUGAGCCAUGUGCAGUCUUGUCUAAGCUUCAGAAUGGAGACAGUCACAUAGUUCACUUGCCUGGCCCAGCCGGAGAUAAGGGGGAGCCUGGUCCUCCAGGCUUUGGCCUGCCAGGGAAACAGGGCAGAGCUGGAGAACGUGGACUGAAGGGUCAGAAGGGUGAUGCUGGGAAUCCUGGAGACCCUGGAAUGCCAGGCACCCUAGGGCAGCCGGGACUGUCAGGAGAGCCUGGGGCCCGGGGCCCUGUGGGGCCAAAAGGAGAAAAGGGUGAUGGCUGCACUUCCUGUCCUAGUCUGCAGGGGGCGUUGACCGAUAUAGCUGGACUGCCUGGGAAACCAGGCCCCAAAGGAGAGCCAGGUCCUGAAGGUGUGGGCCGGCCUGGGAAACCAGGAAAGCCUGGCCUACCAGGAGUUCAAGGACCUCCAGGACUGAAGGGCACACAGGGGGAGCCAGGACCUCCAGGAACGGGCGCUGAAGGGCCCCAGGGUGAGCCUGGAGUCCAGGGUUUUCCUGGCAUUCAGGGACUUCCGGGACCUCAGGGACCACCUGGCUCCCCUGGAGAAAAAGGUGCCCAGGGACCACCAGGCUCAAAAGGAGACACAGGACCUAUGGGACCUCCUGGUGCUAGUGUCUCUGGGCCUCCGGGUCAAGAUGGGCAGAGAGGACAGACUGGAAGUCCGGGAGCUAAAGGGAUACCAGGUGAAAAGGGAUCUCGAGGAGAGAAGGGUGAACCAGGGGAGUGUUCUUGCCCCUCUCGGGGAGAUCCCAUCUUCUCUGGCAUGCCGGGUGCUCCGGGACUUUGGAUGGGCAGCUCCUCACAGCCCGGCCCGCAGGGCCCCCCAGGUGUCCCCGGACCACCAGGUCCCCCUGGAAUGCCUGGGCUGCAGGGAAUGCCUGGAAUCAAUGGUUUGCCAGGACAACCCGGGCUCACUGCCGAGCUGGGCUCCUUACCCAUUGAGCAACACGUCCUCAAGAGCAUCUGUGGGGACUGCGCCCAGGGCCUGACUGCCCGCAUAGCCAUCCCUCUGGAGAAAGGAGAGAAGGGAGACCAGGGUGUCCCUGGUGUGCCAGGCUUGGACAACUGUGCCCGGUGCUUCACAGAUAGGGAGCGCCCAAGAGCUGAAGAGGCCAGGGGAGACAACGGUGAGGGAGAACCUGGCUGUCCGGGGAGCCCUGGUCUGCCUGGUCCUCCAGGGCUACCAGGUCAGAGAGGAGAAGAGGGCCCACCUGGAAUGAGGGGCUCCCCAGGGCCUCCCGGCCCUAUUGGCCCCCCAGGUUUUCCUGGUGCUGUUGGCUCCCCCGGAUUGCCUGGUCUUCAAGGAGAGCGAGGCCUCAUGGGCUUGACCGGAGACAAAGGACAGCCGGGUCCUCCGGGACAACCUGGUUACCCAGGUGCCAUGGGCCCCCCAGGACUGCCCGGCAUCAAGGGGGAGCGAGGCUACACUGGGCCUGCGGGAGAGAAGGGGGAGUCGGGCCCACCAGGAUCUGAAGGCCUUCCAGGUCCCCAAGGCCCAGCAGGUCCCCGAGGAGAGCGAGGACCCCAGGGGAAUACUGGUGAGAAGGGUGACCAGGGAUUUCAAGGCCAGCCAGGCUUUCCAGGCCCACCGGGCCCCCCAGGAUUCCCAGGCAAAGCUGGAGCUCCUGGCCCACCUGGCCCCCAAGCAGAAAAGGGCAGCGAGGGGAUUCGAGGUCCAUCAGGUUUGCCGGGUUCUCCUGGGCCACCGGGACCUCCUGGAAUUCAGGGCCCUGCUGGGCUGGACGGGCUGGAUGGGAAGGACGGCAAGCCUGGCCUGAGGGGAGACCCUGGUCCCCCUGGCCCUCCUGGACUCAUGGGACCCCCGGGUUUCAAGGGUAAAACAGGACAUCCUGGCCUCCCUGGACCUAAGGGUGAUUGUGGCAAACCAGGCCCUCCUGGUAGCAAUGGCCGGCCAGGUGCAGAGGGUGAGCCUGGUGCCAUGGGACCCCAGGGACGACCAGGCCCCCCAGGCCAUCUUGGGCCACCGGGGUCUCCAGGCCAGCCAGGUCCACCUGGGAUGUCCACCGCGGGCCUGAAAGGAGACCGAGGAGCCCCUGGAGAAAGAGGUGUGGCAGGCCUCCCAGGCCAACCUGGCACACCUGGACACCCUGGUCCCCCGGGGGAACCUGGUUCAGACGGUGCAGCUGGGAAAGAGGGACCCCCUGGAAAGCAGGGACUCUAUGGACUUCCUGGCCCGAAGGGUGACACUGGACCUGCAGGACAGAAGGGACAGGCAGGAGAAAAGGGAAGAUCUGGCAUGCCUGGUGGGCCUGGCAAGAGUGGUUCCAUGGGACCUAUUGGGCCACCAGGUCCUGCAGGAGAGAGAGGCCACCCUGGGUCCCCAGGGCCGGCAGGUAGCCCUGGACUGCCUGGUGUGCCAGGCUCUAUGGGAGACGUGGUGAAUUAUGAUGACAUCAAGAGGUUCAUCAGACAAGAGAUCGUUAAAAUGUUUGAUGAGAGGAUGGCUUACUACACCUCCAGGAUGCAGUUCCCUAUGGAGAUGGCGGCAGCACCAGGCCGGCCAGGGCCCCCAGGGAAGGAUGGUGCUCCAGGCCGGCCAGGUGCUCCAGGAUCACCUGGGCUCCCUGGUCAGAUAGGCAGAGAAGGACGACAGGGUUUGCCAGGAAUGAGAGGAUUGCCUGGUACAAAAGGUGAAAAGGGAGACACUGGUGUUGGCAUUGCAGGAGAAAAUGGUCUCCCUGGCCCCCCAGGUCCUCAAGGACCUCCAGGUUAUGGCAAAAUGGGCGCAACAGGGCCAAUGGGCCAGCAAGGCAUUCCUGGCAUCCCUGGCCCCCCAGGACCCACAGGCCAGCCAGGCAAGGCUGGCCACUGCAACCCCUCAGACUGCUUUGGGGCCAUGCCAAUGGAGCAGCAGUACCCACCCAUGAAAAACAUGAAGGGGCCUUUUGGCUGAAGUCACCACCUGAGUUUAGAUGAAGGACUCCAUUGGGAAUAAAUGAUCAAAGGGUACAGGACUGGUUGUGAAUGGUUGUGAAUGUUUGUACUAUUAUUGUUGUUAGUGUUCAUUGUUAAUAUUUUUUUAACAAUAAAGAAACAAAACUAUCUGUAAUCCCACUUCCAGUGGGGUUCUUCUGGUGCUGCA